AUGUUUCUGUUUCUUCAAAGUCAGUUGAAGUGUCCUGAGGACAGCCCCCGCUUAGUCUUGUGGGUCCAGAUUCAUAAUUCUUUCGUUGUUCUUUCUUUCUUUCUUUCUUUCUUUCUUUCUUUCUUUCUUUCUUUCUUUCUUUCUUUCUUUUUUUUUCAUUCAUUCAUUCUUUCUUUCUUUCUUUCUUUCUUUCUUUCUUUCUUUCUUUCUUUCUUUCUUUCUUUCUUAUCUGUUGUUCUUUCUUUCUUUUGUCUUUCUUUCCUGCUUUAUUUCUUUUGUCUUUCUUUCUUUGUUCUUAUCAUUUGUUUUUUCUUUCUUUCUCUCUUUCUUUCUUUCUUUUUAAUUUUUCCUUCUUUCUUAUCAUUUGUUAUUUGUUUCGUUCUUUCUUUCUUAUUAGUUGCUCUUGCCUCCUUUAUUUAUUUCUUACCAGUUGUUCUUUCUUUCUGUCUUUCUUUCUUUCUUUCUUUCUUUCUUUCUUUCUUUCUUUCUUUCUUUCUUUUAGACUUUGUCUUUAAAACGCCUCUCCGCUAUUUAUUUACUCUUUCCCACUGCACCAUUCUUUCCCACCAACUUCACUCUUUCCCCGCUACCUUCUUACUAAUUAAUUCAUCAACAACCCGUUUCGUCCAUUUCCGCUUCUUAAUUCAGCCGCCAUCUUUAUUUACAUCAUAUUCUUCAUUUUUUCUUCUUUUUCUUUCUUUCUUUCUUUCUUUCUUUCUUUCUUUUCGAAUUUAUUCCUUCUUUAGUUUAGCUUUCUACUUGUUUUUAAUAUCUUAUUUUCUAACAUUUCUUUCUUUCUUUCUUUCUUUCUUUCUUUCUUUCUUUUUCUUUCUUUCUUUCUUUCUUUCUUUCUUUCUUUCUUUCUUUACUUCCCAGAUAUUUAAAUAUUUGGAGCUCGCAUCUUGGGCUUUUCCUCUCGCUAGCUCCCCCCUCUCUCUCUCUCUUUAA